AUGAAGGCGCAAGGGGUCAUUGUGGCUGGAGGUGAGGAGUACCUUAUCGAACCCUUGGUUUCUGCUAAAAACAUCACUAAUGAGGAUGGCAGAGAAGGGCACCCCCAUGUGGUGUACAAACGGUCAUCUCUAAGAUACCAAAACAUGGACCAGUCCUGUGGAGUCAUUGAUGAGAAGCCUGGUAAGAGCUAUGGAUGGUGGCAGAGAACAAUAAAGCCCUCACCCAACCAGAUGGGACGGGGCCAGUUACCACUGAAGCGUUCUGUCAGUCGAGAGCGCUACGUCGAAACCCUCGUGGUGGCCGACAAGAUGAUGGUCAGCUAUCACGGCCGUCGCGAUAUCGAACAGUACAUUCUGGCUGUCAUGAAUAUUGUUGCCAAACUGUUCCAGGAUUCUAGCCUGGGGAAUGCAGUGAACAUCGUUGUGACGAGGCUUAUUCUACUGAUGGAAGACCAGCCCACACUAGAGGUAAACCAUCACGCAGGGAAGUCUUUAGACAGUUUCUGCAAGUGGCAAAAGUCCAUCCUGCACCGGAAUGGACAUGGGAAUGCCAUCCCUGACAAUGGAAUCGCUCACCAUGAUACAGCAGUCCUCAUCACCAGGUAUGACAUCUGCAUCUACAAGAACAAACCCUGUGGAACACUUGCUAAUCGAAGGUUUAUUGGAUUGGCACCUGUUGGCGGUUUGUGUGAGCCAGAGAGAAGCUGUAGCAUCAAUGAAGACAUUGGUCUGGCCACUGCUUUCACCAUUGCACACGAGAUAGGACACACGUUUGGGAUGAAUCAUGAUGGUGUUGGCAAUGCAUGUGGGGUGCGCAGUCAGGAGACCGCUAAACUCAUGGCUGCCCACAUCACCAUGAAGACUAACCCCUUCGUCUGGUCUGCCUGCAGCCGCGAUUACAUCACCAACUUCCUCGACUCUGGCAUGGGUUCCUGCCUGAACAAUGUUCCCCCCAAGCAGGAAUUUGUUUACCCCACCACAGCCCCUGGCCAAGCCUAUGAUGCAGACGAACAGUGCCGCUUUCAGUACGGAGUGAAGUCUCGUCAGUGUAAAUACGGGGAAGUGUGCAGUGAGCUUUGGUGCAUGAGUAAAGGGAAUUACUGUAUCACCAGUAGUAUCCCUGCCGCCGAGGGUACCAUCUGUCAGACCAGCACCAUCGAAAAAGGGUGGUGCUACAAAAGAGUGUGUGUGCCAUAUGGAACACGUCCGGAGGGGGUAGAUGGUGGGUGGGGCCACUGGUCGCCAUGGGAGGAGUGUAGUCGCACCUGCGGGGGCGGAGUCUCGUCCUCUAUUCGCCAUUGUGACAGCCCCAGGCCAACAGUUGGAGGAAAAUAUUGUCUGGGAGAAAGGAAGCGUUUUAGAUCCUGCAACAUUGAUGAGUGCCCGGCCGGAUCUCAGGAUUUUCGGGAGAUUCAGUGCUCGGACUUUGACAGUGUUCCCUUCCGGGGGAAAUUCUACACCUGGAAGCCAUACAGGGGCGGUGGAGUGAAGUCAUGCUCGCUGAACUGCCUGGCAGAGGGCUAUAACUUCUACACUGAGCGCGCUCCAGCUGUGGUGGACGGCACACCUUGCAGGGACGACUCUCUGGACGUUUGUGUUAAUGGCGAGUGUAAGCACGUGGGCUGUGACCGAAUCCUAGGCUCGGAUGUUCGGGAAGAUCGCUGCCACAUUUGUGGAGGAGAUGGGAGCAGCUGCCAGGUCAUCGAGGGGGUCUUCAAUGACUCCUUGUCUGAAGGAGGUUAUGAGGAGGUGGUCAGGAUCCCCAAAGGAUCAGUAUUCAUACACAUCCAAGAGCUCAAUGUCUCUCACAAUUACUUGGUGUUGAAGAGCAAAGGGGAUCAGUACUUCAUCAACGGCAAGCUGACCAUCGACACGCCAAGACGCUUCGACAUUGCGGGAACCACCUUCCACUACUUCCGACCCGCCAAUGAACCGGAGACCCUGGAAGCACUUGGACCCACCAACAUGACCCUGAUCGUCAUGGUGUUGGUCCGUGAGGAAAAUCCUGGGAUCCAUUACCGUUUUAACCCACCUGUCAACAGAGAUCCCCUGAGCAGUUACGCCUGGCAUUAUACAUCCUGGUCCCGCUGCUCUGCGCUGUGUGCAGGAGGGGUUCAAGUCCAGCAGGUAGUGUGCAAGAAACAAGCCGAUCUCUCUGUGGUGUACAACCACUUCUGCGACAAGAAAAAGAAGCCCAAAGACAAGAAAAGACCCUGCAACUUGGAGCCCUGCCCUCCAACGUGGUGGACAGGAGACUGGUCAGAUUGCAGUCGGAGCUGUAACGGAGGAGUGCGGACGCGGGAAGUGCUGUGUAAAAGAAAGAUCUCGGUAACAGAGGAGAAAGUCCUUGAUGACGCGGCCUGCACCCCACCACGGCCUUCCGUCACCGAGCCCUGCAACAACCACACCUGCCCACCAGAAUGGCAUGCCCUGGACUGGUCUGAGUGUACUCCUAGCUGUGGUCCGGGUUACAGGUACAGAGUGAUUUUGUGCAGAAGUGGAGAAAACGGUGAAACGUUGCCAGAGUCAGAGUGCCCGAAACAAAGCCACCCGACCACCAGGGUGCGCUGCAACAUACAACGUUGUCCACCACCUCAGUGGGUUACAGGACCCUGGGGAGAGUGUUCGGCUUGGUGCGGUAUGGGUCAAGAGAUUCGUUUAGUGCAGUGUCUGACACACACUGGCCAGCCAUCUAAUGAGUGCCCAGAGACACAUCGUCCUGCCUCCAUGCAGCAGUGCAAGAGCAAGUGUGAUAAAAAUGGCCCUACAGAUAACCCUGAAGAGUGUAAAGAUGUGAACACAGUGGCAUACUGCCCCCUAGUGCUCAGGUUCAAAUUUUGCAGCCGUGCAUACUUCAGACAGAUGUGCUGCAAAACCUGCCAAGGACACUGACCUCCCUCUCACUCGCGCUCUCUCUCUCUCUCUCACGCUCAAUGUCUCUCUCUCUUGCCCUCAUUUUCUUCCCUCUCCACCCUCCCAUCUUCUUGCAUGGCCAAAACCGCCCAUGCUCAGCAUUCCGCUGGAGGAGUGCUGUUAACCAAUGGCAGACUGACAUCAUUGUGAGAGAAAGCACGGAAGAAAUGAGAGCGAGAGAGAGACUUGAAAAGUGAGAGAAAGUCUGUGCUGCUCUCUUUCUCUCCCUCCAAUCAGCUGCUUUGGCAAUGCUGCUGUGAAUACCAGUCUGCCCAAAAGACAUCCGUCAGUGUUUCUUUUGCUCUUCCAUGUGGUGCUUUCGGCCAUCACUGUCAUACAGAGAAGUGUUUGUGAACUGUCACAGAUGUACUGCUAAAUCUCAGUGAAUAAUAGUUGUCUGUUAUUGUAAUGUGACCAUUUAUAGACCGGUCAUCUUUAUUAUAGUCUCAAAGGUUCACUCAGUAAUUUUUUGUGUAGCGCUGGUCGUUUUGGACUUUUACUGACACCUAGUGUUGUGGACUAAUCAUCAUGCACAGUUGUUUUCAGUUACCAAUGUAGAAAAGCACUACUGGUAGUCAGCCAUUAUUAAUUUAAUCCACAAACAAAAUUGUCCAGAAACAACCAGGUUACUGAGUUGAAAUGAGUAGUGUGGAGCUGGUCAUGUGAUCUCAAUAUGGCUGCUCCCAUGAGAGACCCAUUCCAUGUAAAAUAAACCAACUCUUGUUAGGCUGGGAUGUUAAAAUAUUUUUCAAAAAUACUUUUUACUUUGCUUGUGUAUAAAAUUUUACUUUGGAUAAACAUUACUGAGUGCAUCUUUAAAGGGAUAAUUCACCAAAAAAUGAAAAUUCUGUUAUU